AUGGAGACCAGGGAGGAAAAAUCUCCACAUCAGAACCUUGUGAAAGAGGCCGUUUUGAGCAACUCUAGUGCAGAGGAAUCCAACAUGGAGGAAAUGCCACAGAGAUCCCACAGGAGGAGGGGCUCCAAAGCCAGCCCAGGAUUCUCUGAGGAAGAAAGAACCACCCAGAGCCAGGAAGGGGGACAGAGCUUUAGGCAGAGCUCAGAGAUGGUGGUUCAUGAGCAGCUUCGUGAUGGGGAGAAGCCCCUCAAGUGCUUGCAGUGUGGGAAGAGCUUCAAACAGAGCAAGCACCUGGUCAGCCACCAGAUGAUCCACACCGGGGAAUGGGCCUACGAGUGUGGGCAAUGUGGGAAGGGCUUCAGCUACAGAUCCACCCUUGUGACCCACCAAGGCAUCCACACUGGGGAGAGGCCCUAUGGGUGUCCCCAGUGUCAGAAGAGGUUUCACACCAGCUCCAGGCUCCUCCAGCACCCACAGAUUCACUCGGAGGAGAGGCCCUUCUGCUGUCCUGACUGUGGGAAGGGCUUCAACCACAGCUCCCACCUCAUCAGGCACCAGCGCAUCCACACUGGGGAGAGGCCCUACCAGUGCGCCACAUGUGGGAAGAGGUUUCACACCAGCUCCCAUCUCCUCCUGCAUGAGCGGAUUCACACAGAUGAGAGGCCAUUUUUCUGUCCCGACUGUGGGAAGGGCUUCAAGCACAACUUCACCCUCGAAAGAACGGUGUUUCUUGUCUAG